AUGGCUCCCGUGAAGCGCUCACGCGUAGAAAAGGCGCGCCAGUUUCUCACAGGCGGCGCUGUCUUCCGCGAAGACUCCGACGACGAGCUCGGCUACGAGGAUAUCCCGUGGGAAUGGAUCUACGAUAACACAAACACAAGCGCAGACGAUGCGCAGCCCGAGACGAAUGCGACGCCGAGAAAGCGAAAGGCGGCAGCCAUGUCGCUGGGGAAGAAGCGCAUAGUUGGCGCACGAAUGGGCAAUUUCAGAUGCCAAGUGGGAGACACAGUGUUGCUCAAAGCAGAGGGCAACCAUGCAUGGGUGGGCAUCAUCUGCGACUUUUACGAAGACGUCGUCGAAGAGGAGAAGAUGGCCAAGUUCUUGUGGUUCUCUUCUGAGAAGGAGAUUCGCAACCAGAACAAGAAGCGCACCGACUUUCUGCCCAACGAGCUGUAUCUCUCGACCGCUUUUGACGAAAACCCCCUCGAAUCCAUCAACGGGACCGCCAAGAUACUAUCGCUCGAACAAUUUCAAAGGCUGUACCCGGCAGGAGUCAAGAAGUCCUCCAAGGACAAUGGCAAGGUCUUCGUUUGCAGGAGAGGCUGCAACACCCGCACCACCACCUACACCCCCGAAUUCAUAUGGGAGGACAUCUACAAUGGUGCCGACGAUAUCCAGUCGUUGGUUGACCUCGUGGAGAGCCAGACCAAGGCAACAAGAAGAGGCGUCGGUCGCCCGAAAAAGCACCUACAACAAGACUUGGACGAGUUUGUAGAACCGGAUUCUGACGAUAACGGCGCGCCCAAGACCCCACGGAAGCGUCGGAAAUUGAACGACGCGACCACUCCUACCUCCACCCGGAAGAGCCCGGCGUCUCGCAAAUUCCUUACUCCGACACACAAGAGGAUCGUGAUCAAGAAACAGCUAGAGUUCACGCCCCUUGGGACACGCGUACUGUCCCCUUCGGCACUCAACUCACCGUUCCAGAUCGCACGAAGUCAGCUCCAUGUUUCAUCUGUCCCGGCGGCGCUCCCCUGUCGCGAGGAGGAGUUCUCGACUGUCUACAGCCACUUAGAAGCAGCUAUCACGGAUGGAUCAGGUUCCUGUAUUUACAUCUCGGGUACGCCAGGCACGGGCAAGACAGCUACGGUACGAGAGGUUGUGGCACAGCUCCACGCCUCGGUCCAGGCUGAAGAGUUAGAUGACUUCAUAUUUGUUGAGAUCAACGGCAUGAAGGUCACGGACCCUCACCAAUCCUACUCGCUACUAUGGCAGGCACUUCGCGGAGACAGGGUGAGCCCUUCUCAUGCGCUUGAGCUGUUGGAGCGGGAGUUUUCAACUCCCAGCCCACGUCGGGUGCCUUGCGUUGUUCUGAUGGACGAGCUCGAUCAACUCGUUACGAAGAACCAAUCCGUCAUGUACAAUUUCUUCAAUUGGCCCGGACUGCGGCACAGCAGAUUAAUUGUUCUGGCUGUUGCAAACACUAUGGAUCUGCCCGAACGAACAUUGAGUAAUAAGAUCAGUAGCCGUCUUGGGCUCACACGUAUUACUUUCCCGGGUUAUACGCACGAUCAGUUAAUGCAAAUUAUCCAGUCACGACUCGAAGGGGUACCGGGCAAUAUAGUCCACUCGGACGCCGUUCAAUUUGCGGCGCGCAAAGUCGCAGCUGUUAGCGGAGAUGCCCGACGUGUGUUAGACAUCUGCAGACGAGCCGUGGAAAUCGCAGAAACGGAAAAGACAUCACAAGACCACGACGAUGAGGCGCAGCCAGCUACCCCGAGUAGAACCGGCCGGGGUAACAAAGGGAAACCACUCCAAACCUCCCGCUCAAUUAACAGUGCCGCAGAAACGCAUGUUUCGUCAAGUAAACCUGUGAAACCAAGUGCUGGGCGAAAGGGCAUCGUUACUAUCGCGACGAUCAAACAAGCAAUCAACGAAGCCACGAGCAGCCCCCUGCAGCAGGCACUAAGGGCCCUGCCGUCGGCGUCUAAGGUGUUUCUCGCGGCACUCUUGGCACGGAUCCGACGGACGGGUAUAGGUGAAGCCGUGCUCGGCGACGUCGUAGAUGAAAUCAAAAGACUAGGGUUCAUGAGCCAGUUGCAGCCUGUUCACGAAUACCUGCUUGCCCCUGAGAAGGACGAGAGGGUGGAAGGAAUCAACGGCACGACUACACAGCCAUCUACACCCUCGAAGCAUCGAGACAUGGUUGGCAUUGGCUCGAAGCAGUCGGACGCCAAGGCAGCCCGAGCCCGAGGUCUCGCACUUGCAGCUACUGAACUCGCCGAAGCGGGUAUUAUAGGUGUCGAGGCCCGACAUGGCGAGCGUGUCGGUCGCGUUCGGCUAGGAGUAGGUGAAGACGAGGUGCGGCUUGCACUGGGGGACGAUGAAUCAGUACAAGGACUAGGUUUUGGUGCAUGA